AUGAACGUCUCCUUCCGCCUCUCCAGAAUCCACAGCCUGCUGGAAUUCUUGCAAGGAGACAACCUCUCCUUGCCCGGCCUACUCAACGGGAGCCGGCAACUGGGUUGGGAGGAGCUGGAGAAGCUGCUCUUCCUCUUCAACGAGGACCCCGUGGCCAUCUGCCUGACCGUCAUGUACCUGGUGUCCUUCGUGGUGGGCUUCGUGGGCAACGUCAUGUCGCUGCGGAUGCUGACCCGGAAGCGCAACCGCCGGAUGCCCAGCCUGAACGCCACCCGGAGCCUCCUGAUCAACCUGGCCGUCUGCGACCUCAUGGUGGUCUGUAUCUGCAUGCCCAUCACGGUGGGCAACCUGAUCUACAAGGCGUGGGUCUAUGGGGACUUCCUGUGCCGGGCUGUCCCUUUCAUCCAGGCGGUGUCUGUCUCGGCCAGCGUCCUCAGCCUCACGGUUAUCAGCCUGAACCGCUACUACAGCGUCCACAACCCUCUCAACGCCCGGUCGUUUUUCACCCACCGGAAGAUCUUGAGCACCAUCUUGGUGGUCUGGGUGUUGUCCUCGGGGAUCUGCCUGCCCCUCGUCUUUAUGAACAAAAGGGAUGAGAUCUGGGUGCUGCAGGGCUUUCCCUUGGGCUUCCCCAUCUGCACCGAGGUCUGGCCUCAGGAGAGGGUCAAGCAAGCCUACAACUUCCUCCUCUUCUGCGCCCUCUACUGCCUGCCCGUCCUCUUCAACAUGGUCAUCUGCUGCCUGACGGUCCACCGGCUGUGGAACCCCACCCGACCGCUGAGGGACUGCGGCGCCCUGAACCAGACCUUGCCGGCUUCCCGGCUGAAGAUCCGCAAGAAAGUGGCCCAGAUGGUGGUGGCUUUGGUCCUCCUCUUUGCUGUCUCCUGGUUGCCCAUUUACAUGAUGGACCUCUGGAUUGAGUUCAACGGUCCCAAGUCUUUGCUGGAUGAGGCUCCACUCCCCUGGGUUCUGCAGCUCCGCCCAUUCGCUCAGUGGCUCAGCCUCACCAACUCCAGCCUCAACCCCAUCUGCUACUGUUUUGUAGGCAACCUCUACCGCUCGGCCAAGGAGAUGAAGAGCAGGUAUCACAAGAAGGUGGCCUCUCUUCUCAACUUCUCCAUGUCUGAAAAGAGCUUGCCUUCUUCCACACCCGAGCUGCUCUCAUACAAGAGUUCCUCCAGCAAAGAACCCAACGUCGUGGUGGUGAUUGGAAAUGGGUACCAGGAGAACUGUAAUCCUAGGACACAGGUGUGA